UUUUCCAGACUGGAGGGAAACCUUUGAUAAUAUUCCUUAGAGAGGGUAGCAGGACAUUUUCUUUUCUUGAUAUAUGUUAAUGAUUUGGACUUGUGUACAGAGUAUGAUUUCCAAAACUGCACAGAACUUGGAAACAUGGUAAAGUGGUCUGUUGUGCGUGAAUAUCCCAGGAGAUCAGCAGUUUCUGAGCUACUCAAUCCUCCCCAUCUGGCACCAACAAUCAUUCAGCAGUCAAGUGCUCUACAGUUCACAAUGCCAAAAUCAUUCCUGGUGAAAAUCAGAAAGAAUAACUCAUGUAACCAGCCCCGAUACACUGAUGAUAAAGAGUCUAGCAAACUGGAGCUAGAGUUGGCACCUCCUAUUGGGUCGCCCAUAUGGUCUCCGGUAGAGCACACGGGCCCCUCUACUGGGGCGAAAACUCAGAACAGCAAAUGUGAGCAGGAAGAUAUUGCUUGGGGGAAUGGCAGAGACUACGAGAGAGCCUCGCUGAACUUGUCAGAAGCCCCUACGUAUAAUUUCACUCCAGGAUCAGGUUCCCAUCUCUCAAGAUCUUCCGGCAAUAGAGAUUGUUUGUUGACCUCCGCCUACAAGCCAAGCUUCCCCUGGGGCCCGUUCCAGAAUGUAUAUGACUUCUGCCAUCUCUCCCCCAGCUUGCAGUCCACCCUCGUAGUGGAUGCAGGUGGUUUGUACAGGUCCACUGUUUCAACUCCGCUGGAGAUUGAUCAGCCUAUUGACUACAGCACACAUUACUCCUCGGAAUCAAAGUCGUACCACUGUGUGAAGUGUAAUAAGGUCUUCUCCACCCCUCAUGGCCUGGAAGUCCACGUCAGGAGGUCUCACAGUGGAAUGCGGCCCUUUGCCUGCGACCUGUGUGGGAAAACAUUCGGUCACGCCGUCAGCCUGGAACAGCACCUGAACAUCCACUCGCAGGAACGGAUCUUUGAAUGUAAAAUGUGUGGGAAGACCUUCAAGAGAUCGUCCACCCUCUCUACCCAUCUGCUAAUUCACUCUGACACCCGGCCGUAUCCCUGUCAGUAUUGUGGAAAGCGAUUCCACCAGAAGUCAGACAUGAAGAAGCACACUUAUAUUCACACAGGCGAGAAGCCUCACAAGUGUCAGGUGUGUGGGAAAUCCUUCAGUCAGAGCUCCAACCUCAUCACUCACAGCCGCAAGCACAGCGGCUUCAAACCCUUCGGCUGUGAGCUGUGUGCCAAAGGAUUCCAGCGCAAGGUAGAUCUCCGCCGUCACUGUGAGACUCAGCAUGGUCUGAAGUGUUAAAAGCUGCAAUUGAAGUACAGGGUGUGGGGGGGGGGGGGGGAGGGACUUGUGAGGGAACAGGGCGAUAAGUGACAGUCAGUAGCCAGAAUGAACGUGAUCCCCGUCCUCCGUCCACCACGGCACGAAAGAAAAGAAUUACUAACCGGGGGACAUUCGACGGGUCAGUAAAACUGUGGACCAAUAAACCAGAAAGAAUGUUUAAUCCACGUGGUGUUUUUCCUCAAUUUUCCUGUCAGUUGUUUUCAAUUCUGAAAUAAUGUUGCUCUAAAGCCUUAAAGGUAUCAUUGUUGUAUGAAGAGCGUUUGUUGGCUCUGGGCCUGUAGCCACCGGAAUUCAGGAGAAUGAGAGGUGACCUCAUUGAAACCAGGACAUUGAAGCAGAGGUUGAUAGAUUCUUGAUGGCAUGAAGGGAUACAGGAAGAAGGCAGGAGACUGGGGUUGAGAGGGAAAAUGGUUCAGCCAUGAUGAAUUGGCGGAGCAGACUCAGUGGGCUCCAAGUGCUCCUGUAUCUUAUGGUCUUAAAUCCUGUUCCCUUAAUGACCCACACAGAUUGCCAUUAACUUCGAAUUGCUCCAAAAACUCAUUCCAUUCCUGCCAACCUAUAUCUUCUUCAGGCUUACAAGAUAUCUGAAGUUUUUACAUGUUUACAAUCCAAGCCACUUGUCCUUCGUUCUGCCAUGGUUUCAGGUACCCAGACUCCAAGCCCUGGAAAUCUAUCUCUCUCCUUCACUUCUCUAACUCUUCCUCUUUUUAAACCCCUCCUAGCCUAACGUUCUGUUUUUGAUUGAUUUUGAGUGGCUGGAGCCAAUUUCGAUCUGAUAAUAUCCCUGUGAAGCUUUUGUAGAAGUUUUAUGAUUUGAAAGACCCAUUUUAAAUGUGUUUAGUUGUUGUGUUAUAGUACAGGCAACCUGGGUUCAAUUCCCAUCGCUGCCCGUAAGGAGUUUGUGACAGGUGUGGAGUUCUACCUGUGACGGCGUGGGUUUCCUCCAGGUGCUCCGGUUUCCUCCCACAGACCAAAGGUGUACCAGUUUGGUAGGCUAAUUGGUCAUUGUGAAUUGUCCCAUGAUUAGGCUGGGGUUAAACUGGGGGAAUUCUGGGUGCCUUGGCUCGAAGGGUCAGAAUGUCUAUUCUGUGCUGGAUCUCAAUAAAUAAAUAAAUUUUAAAAACAAUAAAGGUCCGAUAAAGACUAUGGUAAAAUGCUCGUUAGCACUUAUACUCCGUCCCAACUUGCCAUCUCAACUUCUAGGUAUUUAUUUUAUUUCCAAAUCUAGUUUCCUCUUGAUUGUAUCUUUGUUUAUUUUAAAUGUUCAUAUAAUUACAAGUUUCAUAUUUUUAAUGCCAUCCAGGUAAAGAAACUUUCUCCUGGAUUUAUUAGUAGCUCUCCAGUUUCCUGUGCCCCUAGUUUUGUUCUUGCUGAGAAGUAGGGAAACAGCUCGUGCCCGCUUGCACGUGUAAAGCACGUUGCUGCCGCUGUGUGUGGUGCUCCGUUUCCGGAAUGAGUUUCCAUUAGGAAUCAAUGGAUCCAUCACCCUGCAAGCAAACUGCUUUCAUCCCACAGCCUGCGUGGUGCAGGCAUGGCCAACAAGUCAGGUUUGCCCAAGGUUCUCUGGAAAAUAAACAGUUUCUCCAGGACCCUAAUGGAAGAACUCCCAGGGAAAAAAAAUAAAGGACGACAUUAUGAUUUUGUUAAUUGAACAUUCAAAGGUACAUUUAAUGUCAGAGAAAUGUAUAUAAUAUACAUCCUGAAAUACUUUUUCUUCGCAACCAUUUAUGGAAAAGCUAUCUCUGAGAAUAAGAAUCAACCAACCGAACGUCUACUAAGUUGAUUUCUUUUCUAAUUUGGAUGUGGGCAUACAUAUUUAUGGGUAAGGGAGGGAGUGGUGGGUUUGCAUUAACUGUAUAAUUUCAGUCUUUUUAAAGCCUCUCAAAAUAUUGGUCACGAUUUUAUAGCGAACUAGUGGUUGUGCGGAGCAGGGACAACUGGUGGACCAGCGAUGUGUUCAUAAACACAAGAGAUUCUACUGAUUCUGGAAAUCUUGAGCAAC